UUUGUUUACUUCCGGGUAAGAUUUACCAGCCUCCUUUCAUGAUCUUUUUUUGGGCCUCGUGAGACAAAGACAGACGCCACUCUCUCCAAUCCAUGUUGCGUGGUCAUCACAUUAGUCGUGUUAGCCAUCUGAAGCCCCUUUCACCUCUCUGCCCACUGCCAAAAGCAGUAUUAGUCCUUAAGAUUUAUAUUUCAUAUCCCUAUCUAUCAAUAUAUAUCACUCCUCCUUGCAUGUCUGAAUCGGUGCUGCCUGUUUUGGUCUUCCGAGUUCCGUGUAUAGUUAUUCCUUGUCUAUCUCCAAUUUAUAUGGGCUAAGUCGAGCAUUUCAUGAGAGGUAUAGAGGACAAUGAACCGCCAUUGAAACGCACAAAAAUUCGUUUGGCAGAAUCAAAUAGCUUAUUGGAAGACUUAUCUCAUAUGCAGCCUGUAGCUUGCUCUAUGGGAUAUUCAAUGGCUAGGCCUCUACCCUCGCAUGGGGAUGAAGAAACUAUUGGUUUAAAAGGAAUUAUCAAACGAGCAGAAUUCAUCAAAAUUAUAACUAGGGCAUUGUAUUCACGGUAUGAUAAGAGUGGGGCCCUUUUAGAGGAAGAGUCAGGUAUAACAUUGCACUCAUUAAUAUAUAAUUUGCUUAUGCAGCAAGUGAAUGAUGGAAAAUGGAAUGAAUGUGUGGCUAUGCUGCACACAAUUGGUGUCUUGGAUGAGAAAACUGUGAAUCAAUCUUUCCUGAUAUUGGAGCAGAAGUUCCUUGAGCUUCUGAAAAUGGAAAAAGUAACUAAUGCUUUAGAUACUUUACGGAAUGAGAUUGUACCUCUCUGUGUUAAUGUGAGCCGAGUUCAUGAGCUUGCUGCCUGCAUUGUCUCACCUUCACAGUAUGUAAGACUUGGGCUUUCCAGUCAAGAUACUGAUGUUGUAAAGUCAUGGUUAAAUAUUUUGGAGAAACUGCAGAAGGUGCUUCCUGCAGCAGUAAUGACACCUGGAAAAAGGUUAGAACAUCUAGUUGAACAGGCUCUUGAUGUGCAGCGAGAUGCGUGUAUAUUUCACAACACUUUGGAUAGUGAUUUGUCUUUGUACUCAGAUCAUCAGUGUGGGAAAAACCAAAUUCCUUCUCGAAUCCGACAGAUACUUCAAAAACAUACUAAUGAAGUUUGGUUUUUGGAAUUUUCACAUGCUGGGAAAUAUUUAGCUUCAUCAUCGAAAGAUCAAUCAACAAUUAUAUGGGAGGUUAAAGAGGAUGGUCAUGUUUCAUUGAAGCAUAAACUAACUGGCCACCAGAAGCCAGUGUUGAUGGUGUCAUGGGGUCCAGAUGAUCAUCAGCUCCUCACAUGUGGACUGGAGGAGGUCAUCAAACGUUGGGAUGCCAUAUCUGGAGAAUGCCUCCUUGUUUAUGAGAAAAACGGUGUUGGCCUGAUUUCUUGUGGAUGGUUCCCUGAUGGUAGAGGGAUAUUCUCUGGUAUGACUGACAAGAGUAUCUGCCUCUGGGAUUUGGAUGGAAGAGAGCUGGAAUGUUGGAAAGGGCAGCAAACACUCAGGAUAUCAGACAUGGCUGUAACUGAUGAUGGAAAGAGGAUCAUAAGCAUAUGCAGAGAAACCUCAAUAUUAUUGCUUGACAGGGAGGCAAAAUUUGAGAGAUUGAUUGAAGAGGAGGUAGCAAUUACUUCGUUCUCCUUGUCAAAGGACAAUAAAUUCCUACUGGUCAAUCUUAUAAAUCAAGAAAUUCAUCUUUGGAGCAUAGAGGGUGAUCUGAAGGUUGUGGCGAAGUGCAAAGGUCACAAGCGUGCCAGAUUUGUCAUUAGAUCUUGUUUGGGUGGAUUUAAGCAAGCCUUUAUUGCCAGCGGGAGUGAGGAUUCACAGGUGUAUAUAUGGCACAGAGGUUCUGAGGAACUCCUACUGGCAUUGCUGGGGCAUUCGGGAGCUGUUAAUUGCGUGAGCUGGAAUCCUACAAAUCUUCACAUGUUGGCUUCCGCCAGCGAUGAUCAUACUAUUCGAAUAUGGGGUUUAGAUGAGUUCAACCUGAUACGCAGAGACUCUCAGAGCAAUGGCAUCACUCGCUGCUCGGAUGGAAGAAUUUGAAACGAUUUUCUAGACAUCCAAAAAUUUGUUGAGACUAUAAGAAAGCAAAUGUUCUUUGAAAGAAUUUAUAACAGUUGAUGAAAUUUAUCUUUUGCUUAAGUUCUUGGCAUCUAUAGCAGCAAAAAAUGCUACUGCUAUCUGCCAAUCAAGCAAUAAAACCAGGUGACUCUUUUGUUUCU